AGAUGUUCAUUGGUGUUAAAAGUAAUAAAUCAAUGUUUGAAUAUUAGUUUCUCUUUGAAUGAGUAGACAGUGAAGCUGAUUGAUCUCUGACUCACUUUCCUGUGAAACAAAGGUGUGACCUAAAAUUAAUUAAUUAUUGAUUUCUAACAGACGGAGAAAAUGACCUCAUCUAAUUUCUGCAUUUUGAUCACAUAAAUGUUCAGUUUUUGUCACCACAUACAUGUUUGCGUCUGCAGGUUUAUUUCAUUUAUAACGUCACAGUGUUUGUAAAAAGUCUGAGCUGUACAGCAGCUGCAUCACUACAGAUAUCAGUACUCAUAAAGAGUUCUGCACUCACUCUGCCCUCUGAUUGAAACUCUCCUUUUUCUCCAGGACAAGUAAUAUCUCACUGAAAGACAUCAUCUCCACAAGUGUGCUGAUCAGUUCAGGACCUCCUGCUGUCUACCAGCUCAGACCAAAGAAACAGAAGUUUGGAACUCUGACGAGAAUGACUGUUGGAGAAAAAAAUCCAGGGAAGACAAAUAAAACCAUCUUACUUGUGGGAGAAACAGGAGCAGGAAAAUCUACCCUGAUCAACGCUCUGCUCAACUACACUAUGGGAGUGAAGUGGGAGGAUGGAGUCUGGUUUCAGAUCAUAGAGGAGGAGGACAGAAGUCAGACAGAAACUCAGACAUCAGAUGUGAUCAUGUACGAGAUGUUUGGUUUUGAAGAUAAAACUCUGCCGUACUCUCUGACCAUCAUCGAUACUCCUGGUUAUGGAAAUACCAGAGGGAUCGGACAUGAUGACAUCAUCAGUCACAGGUUGUUGGACUUGUUUGGAUCAGAUGAUGGAGUCCAUGAAGUUCAUGCAGCGGGUUUGGUCAUGAAGGCGAGUGAUAAUCGACUGAGUGACCAACUGUUGUAUGUCUUUGAUUCAGUGAUGUCUCUGUUUGGAAAAAUCAUGGAGAAAAACAUUGUAGCUCUGAUCACACACUCAGAUGGAAGAAGGCCUAAAAAACUUCUUCAAGCUCUUGAAGCUGCAAACAUUAAAUGUGCCAAAAAUGAGAAGAAUCAGCCAGUUUACUUCCUGUUUAAUAACUCACAGUAUGAAGACCGAACAGAAGAAAAUAAGUUUUCAAAACAUUUAUGGGAACUCACACAGGAAAACAUGAAUCAAUUGACAGACUUCUUGGGAAAAUCUAAUCCUCAAAAACUAAUGAAAACAGGUGAAGUGUUAAAUGAACGAAUCAGACUGAAAGCCUGCAUCCAAAACCUGAAAGAGAGAAUUGAGCUGAGUGAAAUGAAACAGACAGAAAUCAGACAGAUGCAAGAAGCUCUGAAGAAACAUGAAGAAAAAAAGAGAGAAGAAAAGAAAAAGCUUGAAGAAGCUAAAAAAAUGUAUGAAACAAUAAAAAACCAAGGAGAACAGAAACGUGAAGAAGCUCUAAAAAUACAACAAACUAUAAAGGAACUUGAAGAAGAGAUGAAGAGGAAUAAGAAAUUCACUGUAGAAGUUGAUGAAGUCUACAAAGAGAAAGAAACCAUUGAUGGUGGGAUGAGAUUGUUGUUUUUUUAUGAAGCAGCUGUCUGCUGUACAGCCUGUGAGGAGAACUGUCACUAUCCUGGAUGCACAAUGGCCUGGAAACCUGCACACUGUGAGGUCAUGAAAGGAGGCCGCUGCACUGUUUGUACCAACAAGUGCCCUGCAUCAGAUCAUGUGAAAGAAAAGUGGAAAUAUGUGACCAAGACAAGGAGAGUAACAAAGACUGAUGAACAAAUGAAAAAGAAAUAUGAAAAGAAUGUGUCAGAACGUGAGAUGAAAGCCAGAGAGUUAAAAAGUCUUACAGAGGAAGUGGAUGAAACAAUGAAAACAGCAGCUGAUUCAUCACUGAACAAACAAGGAAUGCAGCAGAAAUAUGAAAAGUAUCAAAAAGAAAAAGAGAAGGAGUGUACCCUGUUAGAAAAUCUCGAAAAGGAAAUGAAACAGCUGACAGCAGAGAAGUCCCAGUUGCUGGAUGAGUCCUACCAGCAUGUAGUCAGACUGGAGGAAAUCGCUCUGAAAGCUGAUUCAGCAUCCACUAUUGUCCACUUGGACUUCCUGAUUGAGAAGAUGAAGCAGAAAGGAGACACAGAGAAGGUCCAGAAACUGGAGGAGAUGAGGAGCAGAGUGGAUAAAAAAAACAAAAAAGCAGCACAUUGGUACAAGUUUACUCAAACAGCAUCACCGAUCAAAUAAAUUGGGAGAUCCUUCCCUUGGUAUAAGUGAAACAUGUAAAGAAGCAUCAGGCAACUGUGUAGAUGGCUUUUCCCCCUUGAUACUGCUCUAUACUACAUAUUCAGAUGUACACCACAUGGGUUUUUGUUUUUGCUUACAGAUGGCAUAUUACUUUUUAAAAAGCCUAUUAGAAAUGAAUUAAUUAUUGAUUAUUGAUCAGCAUCUCUACUUAGAGAGCAGACA